AUGAAAUCGACGCCAAUAAGGGGAUCGACAGAGGCCGUGAAGGGCGGAUCGAUGAAGAAACACGUAAGAAAUUGGCCAGAUAAGAAGAUUCAGAAAAAUCGUAAAGAGACAGGAAAUAAGAGAUGCAGGAGUUUCGUGACAAGAAGUUCCAAUCCUGGUCGGACGGAGAAUACUGGAGUCUUUGAGAGACACGAUCGUUGGGAAAAGAAGCAUCCUAAAGAGAGCCCGAGAUUGCAACCUGAACUAAUUUCCAGAGACCAUGGGGCAGCAUUCAGCAUCGAAACGUGCGGGAAGCAAGAAGGAAGUUUCACACCAACGUUGUCAAAACCACCACAGCCCAGCUUUGCAUUGGACCCAUGA